AUGCGUCGCGUUGGAUGGUUUUCCAUUGCCGCCCUUACCGCUAUUAAAGGCAGUCCUUCGCGGACUCCUGCGCGGACGGUCUACACGACGUGGGGAGAAAUCGCCUGCGAGAAUUGGGCGAAAAAGGAGAGUUGGUUUAAACGCAUCACCUCGCAGGCCGCGUAUCGCAGCUUUGAGUUCUGGCAUGUCCCAGAGGUUGAUGCCCCGUCCGAUUUAAAUUUAAGCCCGGUGGAGCUUUACCUGCUCAGCUGCCUCGAGGACGACACCACGCGAUUGCUCAGCGUCGCCUGGGGCAAUGAUUUUGACCCUUUUUGGAAAGACCGUGUUCAGUCCCACGAAUCGCUUUUUAAUACCCUCUACCACAGCAAAUGCGCCUUCUACAAAUUCCUUUAUGGCGACCACACGUACCACGAGAAAGAGAAGCUUUACAUCGAGAGAAAACUCAACUACCUGAAGGACGUCUUUUAUUGGGCGUCCGUGACCGAGCGCCAUUAUACGGCGCUCGCGAAGGUUCGUUUUCACAUUCAGCGUGAGGUGUGGAAUGCGUUGGAGCGGGAACGGUAUUUGUGCGCGUGUGUGGAGGUGGUUGAGUCGCUGCGAAAGCAGAUCCCUGAGGAGUUUUCCGAGAAGGCGAUGAGCGAGAUGCAGCUUGUUCUUGUGAACUUACGGCAUUGGGUGUGCGACUGCCCUAAUGGCAAGCGUACCUUUACCCGUCAGAUUAUUUGA